UUUAUUUUGUAUGAAAGGCCUACAAAAAUUGGUUAUAACAUUUGUAUAAAUAACCUAGAUCCAACAAAAUUUUGAAAAUGAUGUGAUCAAUAGCGACUUAACCCCAGAAAUAAACUAUUUGCUUCGCAAACAAAGAAUACAUCUUUUCUUAAAUUGACUAUAAAUACUAUGGAUUCAGCUAGGCAAAAGCACAAUAGUCCCAACACCUGAAGAAUCCACUAAAGAUGCGCUCGCAGAUUGUUAUCUUCCUUGCCAUUGUGGCCUUUGUUUCGACUUCCUGGGCCGCUGAUCCUGCCACCGAUCCGGCUACUGAUCCUGCCACCGAUCCUGCCACGCCCUCUACCCCUACACCCACGACACCCACCUCCCCCACCACUCCCACUUCGCCGUCGGCAUCUGGAAGCAGCACCACCGCAGCCACCACCGUGACUGCAACCACCGUGGCUCCCACAACUGUGGCUCCCACCACCAAGGCAUCAAGUAAGAAGAAGGCCACGGUUGUCCACUACGAGAGGAAAACCAAAAGGCCAAAGAAGCGCCACACGAUCCGCAGCUCACGCGGAGGCAAUGGCAGCAACCGCAAGAAAGGAUCCCGACGAAACUAGAGUAAAAACCCAAUUUCGAAUAACCCAGACAUAACAGAUUUGGCCAGACAACUCCCGACCUUUAUUCCCGUGUUUUUCUCUUACUAUUAUUCUUAUUUUUAUAUUACCCGCAAGAUUAAAUAGCCAUAUAUGAUGAUAACCAUAUGUCGUUGGAUGAUUUUUGAAACACGUUUCGCUCAAGCAAACAAUUUGCGAUUGAAAGUUCGAUGUUGUUUAAACAACCAAUGAACCAUAUUUUUGAUGAGCGCUAUAUUG